CCUUCCCCGUCUCCGAGCACCGCCGCCAUGGCCGCCCGGUUAGCCUCGCGGAGCGUUCGAGCGUCACUAAUCCACUCCCUUUUACGACUGCAGCCUAGGCCGGCUUGGGGGCGCCGUUUCCCGGCCCGCGCGAGCAGCACAGGCCUUGGCCCAGCCAUGUUGCCCAGCUCCCUGGCGCGCUGCGAGGGCUUCGUGGGAGGCCGCUGGGUGCGGGUGGCAGCCACGUUCCCCGUGCGGGAUCCGGCCAGCGGCGCAGAGUUGGCCCAGGUGGCGGACUGCGGGGUGGCAGAGGCGCGGGCCGCCGUGAAGGCCGCCUACGUCGCGGGAGCCGCUUGGAGCGCAGUCUCCGCCAAGGAAAGAGGUGCUUUGCUUCGUAAAUGGUAUGAUUUGAUGAUAGAAAAUAAAGAGGACCUUGCCAAGAUAAUUACCGCAGAAAAUGGGAAACCACUCAAAGAAGCUCUAGGCGAAAUUCUGUACUCUGCUUCUUUCUUGGAAUGGUUUGCUGAGGAAGCGCGGCGGACUUACGGUGACAUCAUUCCAUCUUAUGCAAAAGACCGAAGAAUUCUAGUACUAAAGCAGCCAGUGGGAGUUGCUGCUAUCAUUACACCUUGGAAUUUUCCAAGUGCGAUGAUUACACGGAAAGUGGGUGCAGCUCUGGCAGCUGGCUGUACAGUGGUGGUUAAACCAGCAGAAGAUACCCCUUUAUCUGCUUUAGCCCUUGCUGAGCUUGCAAAUCAGGCUGGAAUUCCUGCAGGAGUAUACAAUGUUAUUCCAUGUUCCAGACAACAAGCAGCAGCAGUUGGGGAAGUGCUGUGCACUGAUCCCUUGGUAGCCAAAAUCUCUUUUACUGGAUCAACAGCUACAGGAAAGAUAUUGUUGCACCAUGCUGCUGGCACUGUGAAGAGGGUCUCCAUGGAGCUUGGAGGACAUGCUCCGUUCAUAGUGUUUGACAGUGCUGAUGUAGACAAAGCAGUUGCAGGAGCAUUAGCUUCUAAAUACAGAAACUCAGGCCAGACCUGUGUAUGUACCAACCGCUUCUUAGUGCAAAAAGGGAUCCAUGAUGCAUUUGUGGAAAAAUUUGCGCAAUCCAUUAAGAAAGAGCUGCGUGUUGGCAAUGGAUUUGAUGAGGGGACUACCCAAGGACCCCUGAUUAAUGACAAAGCUGUGGAAAAGGUUGAGAGACACAUUGAUGAUGCAGUUUCCCAAGGAGCAUCCAUAGUGACAGGAGGAAAAAGGCACAGUUAUGGAAAAAAUUUCUUUGAACCAACUCUGCUCAGCAAUGUCACAACAAGCAUGUUGUGUACACAAGAAGAGACUUUUGGUCCUUUGGCACCAGUUAUCAAGUUUAAUACAGAGGAAGAAGCUCUUGCCAUAGCAAAUUCAGCCAAUGUGGGCUUAGCAGGUUAUUUCUACUCUCGGGACCCUGCUCAGAUUUGGAGAGUUGCAGAGCGAUUGGAGGUUGGAAUGGUUGGUGUCAAUGAAGGAAUUAUGUCUGCUGUAGAGUGCCCUUUUGGUGGCGUAAAGCAAUCUGGACUUGGAAGAGAAGGUUCAAAAUACGGUAUCGAUGAAUAUUUGGAAUUAAAGUAUGUUUGUUUUGGAGGUUUACAAUAGCCAUUAUGAGUAUGAAACAGAUGUAAAACUAGAUUAUGUUUUGAAGCAUUCAUAAGUGAUGUACAUAAAUACUGAGGUCUCCUCCCCUUAAAAUGAAUAUGUUUACGCAAUGAUGUUUAUACCUAGAAUUGUGGCAGUGUAUCACAACACAAAUUCUGGUAUUACAUUUGUGUCUGAAGGUUUGUAGGAAUAUAGAUCUGCUUUCGGUACUGUCUUUAUCAUAACACAGGGAAGAACAGCAAUUCUUUAUUGAUCUUUACUCUGAAGAAUUUUGAGAUUUUUGCUAAUUUAGGUCCAUUUGGAGGGGGCAGAGAAGAAGAGAUGUGUUUCUACCUUUUCCUCUUAUAUGUGAAACAGUUGUCUUAAAUAAUAGUGCCAAAAUCUGAAUUAUUUUUUUUCAAAUGUUAGACUUCUUUCUGAUUGCCUGUCUAAAGGCUACUACUGAGAGAACAUUUGAUGCUCACAACUAUAAUCUCAUCACUAUUGUCAUGUGAUAUCUGGAACUAAAUGUCUUUGUAAACAUGUGUAGAGUCUCUCAGAGUAUCUUCCUGUUGUUUAUGAUAGUUCUUGAUCCAGCGCUCCAAAGAAACCUGUGAUUUGUGCUUACUAGCUGAACUUUGAGAUCAAAUGUUGUAUAUUUAUACAAUGGCACAAAGGUAUGAGCCUCGGCUGUUGCAGUUUAUCUGGCUUGGUGUCUACCCAGUGAAAAAAUGUGUACUUGUACCCUUAGACUCUCCAAAGAUACCCUCAUGACACAAAAGGGGAUCUUUAGAAGUUGGUGGAAUAAUUUUGUAGAUAAGCACACAAUACCCAUAUGCACAAAUGGUCUUUGGACCUGUAUGCACUGGAAGAAUUGGUUUUAGCUCAAAUGCCAAAAUACGAGGGCUCUUGCUUCCCUAAAACCCUUCCUGUUGCAUUACUGUUCUGGCUCCUGUUACUGCCCUUGAAGGUCUGAUAAAAUUCACUUUCAAGUAAUUUCUGUCUGAAAGACUUUUUGCCCCCUUCUUGAUCUUGCUGCUCAUUCUAGAGAUGUACUGACGGCCAGCAAUAGGAGCUUUAAUCUUAGGUAGGCAAAAACCUCACAAGGACAAAAGGAGUUAAAGGACAAGGAAGGACUUGAGGAGCUUCCUACUGAUAAAAGUAGCAGUGCAGUAUAUACUUAGAAUCCAAUCAAGAUGUGGUGUGAUUCAAGCUCAUGAUCACAUAAAUUUAAAUAGCCUAAUGUAGAUGUUGCAUCAAGUCCUCUUUGUGUUAAUAGCUAAUUCUUUAUAUGGAAGACUUUAGUAGAACUGAGACAUGUUACCAUAGCUGUCUUAAACUGAAAAGGUAUUCUAUUACCUGCUUUAUUCUAUAUUGUUUAGCAAAACUUCGUAACGAGUUCUGUCUUUUAAGCUCCUUUGCUAUUGUCAAAUAUGUCCUGGAUCCAAAGAGCUGCUUCAGAUGAACCAGGUGGCUUCCCCAAAUGUGUGGUGAAUGUGCCUUUUUAAAAAAAUGCUAAUAUCCAUGUGAUCAAGAGCUCCAUGCUAAUAUCACUAUCUAUGUUUGAGACUUCCCUAGAUUUAUGAAGUGAUCUGCAACGCAGCAUGGGGAGCUCUUCAGGAAACACUUGUUGAAACCUCUUUGGGUACAUGGGACUAGUUCUGUGGUUCUUUGGAUCCUAGCUUUUUUUCUUGUUGAAUCUAGAACGAGUUCUAGUUGAAUCUAGUAUAAGAGUUACUGCCUUUGCUAGAGACAGAAAGCUAGGGUCGGAUCCCUCGUUUUUACUCUCAGCUAAUUCUCCUUAUUACAGUCCCUAUUUUACAUGCUCUUCUAUCCAUCCAGAUCCCAUGAUCUCCAGCAGAACCUUUUUUGGACCCCUCACCUCCUUUUUACCAGCAGAAAAGUUACUUGGACCAACCUCUAAAUUAUAGCAUUUCAUAGAAUUCUGGGUGGGGGUCGGGGGGAACAUAUCCUAGUACAAAUUGCUGCUCUUUAGAGAAAAAAAAUAUCACAGUGUACCAGAUACUUGAUCUCCUGCUAACGAACUGUGAGAGGCUCAAAUAAACCAUUAUGGGACUGAGUGGUGAAUGCCUGUUUACAGUAUCUUUCUUUGCUGCGCUCUUGCAUCCAUGCGGGUGAGGACUUGACGUGGCUGGAAAUGGGCAUGGCCUAGCUUUUUCAUCCAGAUGCCAUAAUUAUUAGAGUAUAUCAAAGUCACUGAGGCUCUCAAUGCUAUUCCCUGACAGUAUUCAGUGCAGUUCCCAACUCUUAAGGGAGAUAGGAGCUAAACACACAACAACAAUUGCUUUCUCAUGGGGACAGCUAAAAGGUUAGUUCAAAUACUUGCAUUCUGGCCCCAAUGGGCUGAUCUUCUAGUGUUGUUGAAAAGUCUAUAAAUGACUAUUACAGCCCAACAUUUGAAGGUGAUAAGAUAAUUCAAGUUUGCAGUCCAUGUAUGGUGUGAAUGAGCCUCCAAAGCCUUUUCAUUUGAAGUGGGAAAAUGGUUGGGAGAAUCUGUUCUCAGACUAUUCUUCUCUUGUGGUAGUUGGUAAACAUUUGAUGUGUAAAAAAUACAGUUUGAAGCAUCUAAAAGCACAACCCCCCUCCCAAAAACCUAUGGAUAAAAUAUGUUCAAAUCUUGUCAAUGGGCUUUUCUGGAAGAAUACAGUUAAGUGUGUGUGAGAAACAAACGUUGACAGUAUGUAACACAAGAUAAUCCAUUCCUAACCAUUCAUUUUGACUAAAAAAAUUUAUGGGCGGAACAGAUUGGUUUUAAUAUUUGUAUGUAUAUGUCUGCAUAAAAAUGUGUCACUGUUUGAGCGUUUUAUACUGUAAUUCCUUAGUGGAAAGAGCUCCUUGAAUUCUUAUAUUGAUGUUCUUUCCCCAAGCAGUGUUUAACAUGUAUUUCUAAUAGACAGCUUUUAAUGAAUACAAUAAAUAUCUAACUUGUUUUGAA